AUGCCAUCACGAGCAUUGUCGAGUCCCGCCCCGCCCUCUUCCUCCGCCUUCGGCCAGUCUACCCCGGCCCUCGUCCACCGCCAUGCUCACCUCGACGCGUCGUCCUCGUCUCCGUCGACCGACGUGAUCGCGACCCCUUCCGACCGCCACGACGCGUCAUACCGCACAAGGAACGGCAAGCAAGGUCCGCGGCGCAGCGUGCGCAUCCGCACCUCGUCGAACGGGCUCCUCGACUCGUCGCCCCAGAUCGGAAGCGGUCACAACUCGUCUUUCUUUGCCGACUCGGACCACGAGGCGCUCCUUGAGCUUCCUACGAGGUCGAGGGCGACGAGGAAGACGGCUGAGGCGAUUGCGCUCGCGGCAUCGGUCCCAGCACCGUUGUCUCGCGCUUCGCUGUCUGCGAACGUCCAGCCCGCACUUGACAGUGUCGACGCCCUUGCUCUCGCACAGGCUCAUGGCAUCACGCCGGACCAGUUUGAGGAGGCCAAGCAGCAGGUCAUGCGCUUCCUCCGCACCGACCCGUCCGGUGCCUCUGCCGCAGCAGCCAUCGCCCUCCCCGCUCUCCCGCACGACCCGCGCUCGCACCACGUCGUCGACCUCCACCCCCAGUCGUCCGUCAGUCCCGUCCUCGCGUCCGCAUCAACCAGUUUCGCCGCUUCUCCCGCCCAAGCUCCCGUACCCUGGCAACAAUCUCUCUCGCGCACGCCGACCACUACGAACGGCCUUCAGGCAGCUUUUGAGCUCGAGUCCUCUGCGACCCGUGCGCGACCGCGCUCAGCGUUCGACGAUGUCGUAGCUCGCUCGGUGAAGCGGCAGAAGCGCGACCAGGGCUUGUCGGGUGAAGCGGCGGUCCGGCAGUGGGCGCAAGAGGACAGCAGCAGCAGCAGCGAGGAGGACUCGGCGGCUGGGAUCGCGAGCGCCCUCGUCUCGCGGCGAGUUGGAGGGACGCCGAGGAACGCUGGCUCGCCUGGUGCGGCUACACCCGGCGCGCAGGACGCGAGUCCGUCGGUGCAGGGCCAGAGGGGCAUGAUGGACCGCUUCAUGCAGAGUCAGCCGGCUCAUGCGGCUGCUGCGCCCGAAGCGACAGUUCCGCAAGUCGAGGUCCCGCCUUCGACCGCCGGCCUCCCCAAACCCUCUUCGUCAGCCGCUGCCACGCAGAUGCUCGACAACGCCGUCGAGCAGCGCCACCCUCCUGUCCCCGAGCAGCCAAAGACCUCUCCGACUUUCGCGCACGCUUCGCCCGCCUCACCUGUGCGUAAGACCUACCCUCAGCAUGCGCUCAUAAGUCCUCGCCCGUCGAAGCCGGCAUCUAGCGUCCUGUUCUCGCCUGAUGUGGCGAGAUUGUUGCGGAGCGAGUUGGACGAGCUCGAGGCGAAUGAGCUGGCGGGGAGGAAGUCGCUCAGCCCGAGGAAGCAGGUGGACCGCUCGUCCGACAUCGUGGUCGACGACGUCUUCUCGAGCCCAUACCGGCGCAACGCCUCGCCUUUCUCGUCCGGCGGCGCAUCUCGCUCGCGCGACAUCUUCAGCUCGUCGCAGGAGAACUCGGCCGUCAAGCGAGCUCGUUGGACCGCCUUCUCGAGCAUGAAUGAUGCGGGGCCGACUUCGCCGAGCCCGUCCAACGGCUCGCUCUCGAUGCGCGCGCCGUCCUUCUGCGACUCUUCGCCUGCGGCUUCGGAGCGCGGCUCAAUCGCGUCGCGCCCGCAUGCGUUCCCUGCCAGCGCCGCCGAGCAGACGCACCCCGCCUCGGCUCCCGACUUCCUGUACGGCGCCAUCCCGUCCUCCUCGCCCGCCUCAUCGCAGCACUCGGAGUAUAUCCCGGCCCGCUACUCUCGCUCGAGCCCUGGACCCGCCGCACGCCCUCGCAGCGACAGCUCGUCGACCGUCAGCGGCGACAACAAGCGCCCUGCUCCUCGCCGCAACGACACGUACCCCAUCUUCGUCCCGCCCACGACGAGUGCUCAGCAGAAGCCGCCGUUCUCGUACGCCGCCCUGAUCGGCCAAGCGCUCUUCUCGACGCCCGACCUGCGCAUGGCGCUCGCCGAUAUCUACGUCUGGAUCAUGCAGACGUACCCUUUCUUCAAGAAGGGCGAUGCGGGGUGGCAGAACUCCAUCCGGCACAACUUGUCGCUCAACCCGUGCUUCAUCAAGACUGCGCGCGGGCCUGACAACCCCGGUAAGGGGUGCUUAUGGGCUAUCAAGCCCGGCACGGAGGACCAGUUCGUCAAUGGCGACUUUGUGCGCAAGGCGGGACAGGCGCCCGGGAGGAAGAGGACCAAGGGCGGAAGCAGCAGCCAGCAGCAGACGUCGGGCUCGUCCGGCAGCGACUCGCAGACGCCACCGAGGUCGAGCAAAGCCCGGAGCGUCGCCGCUGCGACUUCUGCCCAGCCCGCUCCCGCUCCUCGCCAGGUCACGCCGUCGGUCGCCUCGUCGCGCGGUGACUCGCCUGCCCCCACGGUCGUCUCGCGCACGUCGUCGGCUCAGAAGGCGCAGACCGUACAGGCUCCCGUCACGGUCGCCGCGUUCUCCCCGACGCCCUCGGUCACCUCGUUCAGGUCGCUCACGCCGGCCGCGAUGUCGCCUCCCGCCCACGCAACGCAGCUCCAGCCGCCGGUUCAGAUCACCUACAGCAUCCCUCGACCGGCAUCGGCAGCGUCAAUUCAGCGGGUCGAGCCGGAGCAGUCGCUCGCGGCGCCCGCCUCGCUUGCGCGCUCGCACUCCUCCCUCGGAUGCCUCGAGCACAGCGCUCCGUCGACGCACUCGCUCUACUCGAACCUCCACGAGCCGCUCCUCUCGGUCACCAUGUCGCCGCCUACAUCGGUCUACCACCGCCUCGCCGGCCCGUACCAGCCUCUCUCGUACGGCAACUCGGCUGCGCAGAACCACCGUGCGCUAGCACUCCUCGCCUCUCCCGAAGCGCCUGGCAUCAUCGCCGGCCGAUCGGGCGAGCGAACCGCCGCGACUCUGCUCUCUGUCUCCACGUCGAGCUCGCCCACAGCUGGUCCGUCGUCGGCGCCGUUCUUGCCCGCCCCGCACAUCUUCCCUGGCGGCAGCUCGCGGAAGAGGCAGCGGACCGACAGCGAGAAAGGCGAUCGCAGCUUGCACGGCAUGCUUUCCCCGACUGCCUUGGUGCACACGCAGAGUCCGAUCUCGUCUGUUCGUGGCGGUCCUCGCACGCCGAUGUCGCCCGUCCAGGACAAGCUCGAACCUCUGGCGGACCCGGAGAAGAAGUCGACAGGUCGCGCAACCGGCACCCGUCUCCUCCCCUCAGUCAACGCGCUCGCCAACUCGGACUUUGACCCGUUCCGCUCGCCUCCGCCGUCGUCGAAUACCGGCGCGACCAUCUUCGGCUCGGCCAAGUACCAGUUGCGCAGCCCGAGCGCGAGGCUGCAGGCGGCUUUGUCGACGCCCGGCAACACAAAGGGUCGCGUCCCGCUUGGCUUCUCGCCGUCGCUCGCGACCGGCGCGAGCUGGGAGCGCUCGACUGCCACGACCGACAGCCCGGCGUGGGGCGACUUGUACGACGGCGACCUGGGCGACCACUUUGGACGUCGCGGCGCCGGUGGCAGGACGACGAGCUCGUCCUGGCCGAGCCCUGGGACGGGUGUUCCUCACGCCGUGUGGUGA